AGACAAAAUGAGAUUAGGAGAACGGCGGAUGUGAUCCGAAAUCUUCAUAACCACUAGAUGAAAACUCAAGUUGUCAUUGUGUUUUGUUGAAUUAGGACGCUUAUCCAUCUUAAAAAUAUCUUAGACCAACAUGGCUCCAACGCGAAGUUCUGUUUCUUCUGUAGGGGUGGACACAGCAAGUCAGUCAGCUACAGCAGUUCUACAAGCCGCGAAUAGGGUGCGCUUUUCGGAGGAAGAUGAAGGUCAAGGUGGCGGUGGCUUUACUUCUACUACAUCUUCGUCGACCACUAGCAAUGGUGGAAAAGGAUCUUAUACAAGUACUUGUGCAAGGGAACAAGCCGGAGGCGCAGUUUCUUCAGCCGCAUUUUUCUCAAAGCAAAUCGGCGCUUUCAGAGCUGAGAAUGAGGAGCUAGGGGAAAAGAGUCUCGCAGGAAUUUGGAAGGAUUUUGUUAAGACAAGGAAGUGUGAGGAUGUGGUCAUGACCCAUCUUUUUGCUUCGAACACGUUGAAAAUGACCAAUCGAAGCCAAAAGGCGAGUGCUCUACUCGAGGUAAAACGGUGAAAAAAUCGAUCGUUUGGUAGACAAAAUGGGAUUAGGAGAACGGCGGAUGUGAUCGGAAAUUCAUUCAUUCAUUCAUUUCAUUCAUUUACCUGUUCUGGAGGAUAACCACUAGAAAAAAAACUCAAGAACUAAUUCGCGAUGCGACACUGCUGCAGGACGGAUGCUUCGGAACUUGUAUCACCAGAAAGGAACGGUGAGGGCGCCUCGUGUACGGAGCUCCAGUUCGAGUAAAUUCGAUGCCAAUCGGGCAGCACUCGCCAGUAAACAGCUUCUGGAGAAAAAAAAAUGCCCACAAAGAGAUGGGAAGGUAGCUAUUACAAGGAAAGGGAUAGGUAUCUAUUACAAGGAACGGGAUAGGUAUCUAUUACACGAACAAUUGAAAAGUUCAAAUGACUCAGAGAGUGAGUUAAGUUGAUGUUGAAAUGGACAGCUUCAGCGACAGGCUUGAAGAUAGUGAUACAAGAUAGUAAGUAAUAUUGGUACGGACUAAGAAGUAAGUAAUAUUGGUACGGACUAAGAAAGUUCUUUGUGCACUGCUCAGGGCGAAAUUCCAUUCCAUAAGAAAGUUCUUUGUGCGAGAAGCUGCAAAGGAACUUCAUCUCACUAAUAGGAAAAAAAAGGAACUUCAUCUCACUGUAAUUUGAAAAAAGACAAAGGUGCCGGUGCCUCGAGUGGGAUUGGGCAGGCGUGACGAGGAUGAUGGCACGCCAACGGCGUUGCACACUAGGGGAAAGAAAACUCUCGAUAAAAUCAAGGCUGAAAACAACGAUUUUGAACGAACGAUUGCAAACAGUUUGCCAUUAUGAAGGAGGGAUGCGAAUUCUAGCUUCUGAUGAUGGAAUAGACUACACUUCACAAGCUAAAUAGAAUUUUGAAUUUCAACAUUGAGUUUUUGUUGAGUGAUCUUUUCAUCUGAGCACGUAGGUAGUCAACAAUGUCUAAUCCCAGUUUCUGGCAUACGUCGUGGUCGAGAUAACGAAGCAGUGAAGGCGCAGCUCCAGAACAAGUUCACGUACGGUCAGGCUUACCUCUCCCCGCUAGAACUGAAGCAGCGAAGGCAGGCACGGGAGGAUGAAGAGCAGGUACUGAAAUAACAUAGAUUAUAUUAUUUAUUAAGGGUUACCACAGGAUGAUAAUUACCCUUUUCUAUCUUCCUCUGGUCUUUCUUUUUUCUAGUUAGGUCGGCUCCACCACAAUCUAUUAAGGGUUGCCGCAUGAUCUCGUCUUAUUUUUAGCGAUGUAUUAAUAGGUUAAGGUGUCUGUAGAGAUACUAUAUUGUUACCUCAAGUAGCGCGUGCUGUUAUUAAGGGUUACCACAUUGCAUUCUUCAUUACCAUCCUUGACUUUUUUUCCAGUAGGAAAAGGGUCAGGGAUGAUCUGAAGAAUGCAAAAAUGUCGCAACCUCUAAUAUCUGCCUCGUCAAAGGUGUUGCUGUUGACGUUGUUCUGAAGAAGAGGAUCGUCGUUUAACCUCCUCAUCUUCAUGGAUAGAAACUAUAAUCUUUCAUUGAUGGCAAGGGUUUGUUUUUGAUGCACCUUGUUCUCCCACUUCACCCUUUCUCAGAUAUUUGCCUUGGAGCAUCAAAACAUGUCGAGACAUGACGUGGCUCUUCACUCGGAACUCAAGAUUAUGUCUCUCUUCCAUGUAGGUGAUUCUCGACGUACCCACUACACUCAAAAACUUUUUUACAUUUAUAAGAACGCGAAGGUCUAGUACUCAGAAGUUUAACGAGAUAAUAAAGGUUAAUAACAUCAGGGAAAUCCGUAAAACUCAGAAGAGACUCAGCGAAGUCGUAGGACAAUUCCGAACCGACUAACAUCAUCAUCAAUAACUUUGUUCUGCUGACCAUGAGCACGUAGUUACCUCUUGUACCACAACAGGUUGCAAUCGUCCUCCUCCUCUCGUCCUCCUCCUCUAAUGUCGGUGGCAUCGCAGAGAGGGAAGCACGCCUCCGUGAGAUUGAUGGGCUUACCGACGAAGCGGGGAAGCCGCAGAAUCGAGCAGAUUGGCGAGACCGGAUUUCACUGGGUAAAGAAGCGCUUGAACUGGAAAAUCGACUCGAGAAGGAUCGAGCUGAACUCAAAAAGUUCGAAAAAGAUCUGCACGCUUCCUAGGAUUUGCAAAUACGAGGAGGAGGAAGUGGGAAGUAGUAUUGGGAUUAGGUGGAUGUCUGCAAGUACUUAUGAGAAAGAGGGAUUAAAUAUAUUUAUAACUUCAAGGUCAACCUUGUAGUUCAACAGACACUUCUCAUCAAUUGAAAUUUCGCUUUACCAAGCAAGCGCCGGCUACCUUGAGAACAAAAUGACUUGAUCCAUCAUGUUGAUACUACCCAAACGCGCCGUUCGUGAGACUCAUCCCUGCCAUACUUAACAGGAGUGAUCUUCGCGUUUCUGCUUCUCAGUGCUCCCCCCAUGCCUUUCUUUGCCCAAGAACCACAGGAUGUUGCGCUCUAAGAAUCCAACUAUUCAUCUUCAUAAUGGCAGCACUCAUGAGUCUGGUCUCAGCACGAUCGGCUGCACCGUCGAUGAAUACAAUUUUUAUUGUGUUGUUCUUCGGAAAAAU